AUGGAACAAUACAUCGAGAGGCCCAAGGGCUCUCUACGUCGCAUCAAACCGUACAAUGUCGUGAUAGUCCUCAUUAUGGGCUUAGGCUCAAUGUCAUAUGGGUACUCGGCAAGCAUCAUCUCCACGACGCUGGCGCAACCAUCGUUCUUCGCCUACAUGGAGCUCGACAAACGCAGCAACGCAAACGAGCUUAUCGGACUCACAGGCUCCCUGUAUCAGGCUGGGGGCUUCAUUGGCACUUUCUUCGUUUCAUUCUUCGCCGACCGCUGGGGUCGAAAGGUUGGAAUAGCGGUACCUGCAGCGUUGACCGUUGUGUCAGGCGCGUUGCUGGCUGGAAGCGUCAACAUCGAGAUGUUCAUCGCAGUUCGACCCUUUGCCGGAGCCGCAGCGUAUAUGAUCGUCUCUGCGGUUCCCUUGUGGAUGAGCGAGGUCGUCCCUGCUCACGCUCGAGGACCCCUGGUCAACAUUCACGGUGCGGCCAUUCUCUUUGGCUUCUGUGCUGCGGUGUGGAUUGGUUAUGGCUUCUUCCAACUGCACACGGACAAUCUAACCCAGUGGCGGGCGCCAAUUGUGUUCACGUGUCUGCCCGCAAUGCUGCUCCUGUGCUGUCUAUACUGGCUUCCGGAAAGCCCUAGAUUCCUGAUGUUGCAAGGAAGGGAUGCAGAGGCCAAGCAGGUGCUCGAAAAGCUGCACACACGUGAAGAAGCCGAGUACGAGCUGGUCCAGAUUCAGGCACAGACAGAACUUGACAGGACCCUCGAAAGCUCUUACAUUUCCUUGCUCACCAAACCAAGCUACCGGAAACGCGUUGCUUUGGGACUUCUCACAACGAUCUCGAUUCAGUUCACUGGUCCGUUCAUAAUUAAUAACUACGGCCCUAUCAUCUACAGCAGCUUGGGCUUCGGCGUGAACAAACAAUUCAUCUACCAAGGGGGCUGGUUGACGCUUUCUUUUGGAGCUGGGAUGCUUUCUCUUCUGGUUGUCGAGACCAUGCCACGGCCAAGACUCCUUGCUGGCGGUGUUCUGGGCUGCUUGGUUUGUCUUUCGAUUGAGGCGGCAUUGGUCGCAAAGUACGCUUCAGCCGAAGCAUUGAAGUCUCCGAACAAGAGCGCACUUCAGGCUGCCGUGGCAAUGUUCUACAUCUAUAUCGUCAUAUUUCAGUUGACUGUCGACGGGGGCCAGUUCGUGUACUUGGGCGAGAUAUUCCCCACCCAUCUCAGGGCAAAAGGGAUCGCCCUGGGCAUGGCUGGUCUUAAUCUCAUAAACAUCGUUUGGUUGCAAGUUGCUCCGACGGCAUUUGCGAACAUAGGUUGGAGGUUUUACCUCUGUCUGAUUGUUCCCGGCACAGUCAUGGCGCUGAUUAUAUUGUUCUGGUUCCCAAAUACUAAGGGUAUGCCACUCGAAGAAGUUGCGGCUUUGUUCGGCGAUGAGGUUCGCUGUGUUGCACACCCGGUCGAGGUCAAGGACGAGAAGUCCACAGAUGACGCAGAUGCGGAAAUGGUUGAAGUUGCAGGAAAAGACACUGCGCGCACUGCACGAAGUCCAGUGUGA